GAAAAAAGGCUGGUGGGAGAAUUCUUAGGCUACCCACCUGUUUCAUGGCUGCAUGCGGGCUCUUCUGAAAAGAGAAGCAUGUCAGGAAACUCUGGAUGCCCCUUUUUCCUCUGGGGACUUCUAGCCUUCUUGGGCUUGGCUCUGGUUAUAUCGGUGAUAUUCAAUAUCUCCCACUAUGUAGAGAAGCAGCGGCAACGAGAUAAAGUGUACAGAUACUAUGAUGACUACAUUCCAAGAGUUGAUGAAUAUUAUGUUGAAGAUACUCCAAUUUACGGUAAUUUAGAUAAUAUAAUUCCAGAGCCAAUGGAUGAGGACUGCUAUGAACAAAUGAAAGCUCGGCCACAGAGAUCUGCAAGUGACAUGCAAGAAGCCACCGCAUCUGCACAGGUACCUGUUGAAAGUCAGAUGUGCUAUGCCACACUGGAUCAUAGCAUCAAGGGGAAACGCAGAAGGCCCCGGAAGCAGAAUGCUAAUUUCUCAGACAGGGAGAAAGAUGCACAAGUUUGUGCAAUGGAUACCAGCAUUUCUCAGAACAAUUUGGUACCAGAUUUCUCAUCUGAUAACCAGGCAGUAGAAGAAAGUGUUCAUGAUGAUCCUGCAAGACUGUUUGGAUUGAUCCGUGCCAAGAGAGAGCCUGUAGUCUAGCCGGACAAUGAUCUGGCUCACUGAUAAUGACCUUAUCAGAAAUGGCUAAGCGAACAAGACCCUAGUGUGACACACAAGGACCGGCAGGAUGAUAGUCUGCUCUUUUGU